AUGGGUCACCUAGUCGCAUCGCCGUCGCCUCCAUCCUCCCACCACGAUAGCCUUGCUGCCGCUGCGCACCACCCAUGCCGUGCUUGCACCACGGCACCAUCCGCGCCGACCUUCCACGGCCCCUGUCAGUCUUCCACCGCCACCUCGCUGCACCGGAGGCCCCCAGAGCCUCCGGGCACGCCUCUAAUCACCACCGUGCCCGCCUACUACCACCAUCCGCUGCUCCCAGUCGGCUCCUCUCCAUCCCCGCCGCCGUCUCCGCUUGCCUCCCACCGACGGCGACGCGGGUGUGCGCCCACCGUCGACGUCGUCGUCAUCGCGCCCUUCUACCUCCAGACGUCGCCCCCGCCACCUCCACGCUGCCGCGUCUCGCUGCCGCCGGCUCGAGGGUUGGCUCCCCGUGCGACGCUCGGGGAGGCCGCCCUUACACCUCGGACGUCCGCCGCCUCCACGCCGCCACGCCCUGACACCGUUGUCUCGAGGGGAUCCGGGCGGAAGGCGGCCGGAUUUGGGCCAUCCCACCACCUUCACGUCCACACCGCCACCGAAGCCCACGUCGCCACCUCCACGCAGCCUCGCCACCGCCACCACCGGAUUUGGACGGGAGGGUGCCGGAUCUGGCCGGCGGCGCCGCCUCGCCGUCGUGGCGUCUCCCGUACGGUCGGAGUCGUGGGCGUGAACUACGCGACCUAG